AUGCUGCCCAGGAAGGCGGGUCCGGAGCGUCGAGACGUGAUUGGAAACCGGCUUCCGGCCUCCCGGGCGGGCGUCUCGCUGGGAGCCCGGAGCCUGCCUGGAGCUGUGUGCGUCGGCCUCGGCCUGGUCUUGAGCCUCCAGGAGAUCGAGGCCUACUAUUUCUACUUCGAGCAGAGAAAUGGAGCUCCUUUCUGGAUGGGCAGCCUGUUCAUCCUCUCCGGCACCUUCUCUGUGGUGGGCGAGCGACGUGGCAGCAAGUGGGUCCACCUGGCCACAUUCCUCAACCUGGCUAGCGUCGUGGCGGGCUCGCUGGCCUUGGCGGUGGGCGUGGCAGACAUCCCAUCCCUGACUUACCAGCCCUACUUCAUUGGGGAGCUGUGCAAGCACAGAGAGGAGGACCUGCCUUACCGACCGUGGGAGGCAACAACCCAUCCUCCGUACGACGAGAGGGACCAAGAGCAGGCCAAGCGGUGCCAGGAGGUUCUGUGGGCGCUCGUGCGCGUGUUCAACAGCGCCCGGAUCCUCCUGCUGACCGUGUCCAUCGCCGCUCUCAGCAUCGCCCUCUUCUGCUUCGGAUACGGCCUCCGCCUCCUGUGCUGCUGCUGCUGGGAGGGGUGGCAGGAGUACGUGGCCCUGGGGGACCCUGACACCUCUCCUGCCCCUGAAGAGCCAGGCAAAGAGGAGAACCUUACCUGAAGUUGCAGAGGAAAGCCCCCUCCCCCACCCUUGGCUCUUCCCAGGGGCCGAAUGCCAGCUGUCCUGCAGUGGGCGACGCUUUGCGGGGCCCCAGCACUUCCCUGCCACGACUACCAAACUGAAAUGCUCCUUACUUACGCAUCACAUCGCCUCUCAGGCCAGCUAACUGUUCUCUUGCACACGGGAUUAAUUAAAGUGGCUUUUCUGCAAUUCA